UUCAAGAUGGUUGAGCCCUUCAAGUUAUCUGAGCCUACAGAGGCAGCUUUGGCUAAUGGACUAGCUGGGAUGACCGCCUCACUUUUCUCUCAGGCUGUGUUUGUCCCUAUUGAUGUGAUUAGUCAAAGAUUGAUGGUGCAAGGGUAUUCGGGCCAUGCAAAGUACAGCGGGGGGAUGGAUGUUGCUCGUAAGGUUAUAAAGUCAGAUGGCAUCCGGGGAUUGUAUAGAGGGUUUGGACUUUCUGUUAUGACUUACUCUCCAUCUAGCGCUGUAUGGUGGGCUAGUUAUGGUUCAAGCCAGCGCUUAAUCUGGAGUUUCUUAGGCCAUGGAAGUGGUUCUGAUGAAUCUGUUCCUGGUGUGGGGAAAAUAGUGUUGGUUCAAGCUGCUGGAGGAAUUGUUGCAGGUGCAACAGCAUCCUGCAUAACAACCCCAUUGGAUACCAUAAAGACUCGGUUACAGGUGAUGGGACACGAAAAGAGACCCACUGCAAGAGAAGUUGUUAAAGGCUUGAUAAGAGAUGAUGGCUGGAAAGGUUUCUACAGAGGGCUAGGUCCAAGAUUUUUCAGCAUGUCAGCCUGGGGCACGUCAAUGAUAUUGGCUUAUGAAUAUCUGAAGCGCUUGUGUGCAAAAGAUGAAUAGAGGUCAUUCUUCUUUCGGUCCACUUAGCAUGGAAUGAUAGGAAUUUCGUUCUGACGUGGGCUGGUAUUGAGCAUUUCUGAUGAAGGCUUUAGACUGGUAAAUUCAGAAUUGGGAUUAUGGACACUGAAGCCUUUGUCGUUAGUUUUGAUCGGGCGAUUGGUCCUGAUAUUAUUUGAUGCUUUUCUUACUAAAUUUUGGAGAAGUCCUCAAAUUCAUUUAGGAAUUUCUCUACUAGAUAGUAGUGAUAUCAUUCUUCGGGUAAUUGGAUUUACUUGAGCUGUAGGAAGUGCCAAUUUUUUGUUCUAUAGCAAGUGCACCGUCACCCCGAGCAAGGAAUUUGAACUUAUUAACACAGUUCUUUUUAUAAAAUUUGAUAUUUUGCUAUAUUUUCCCCUUUAGGUGUAAUUCUCAAUAAUUUAGUACACCAAAUUCAUUCACCAGAAAUGAUUGUAGUUGUAAAUGUACUUUUUUAUA